UGAUGCAGAAGGUGGCAGCAAUGCAGCAAUAAGGAUGCCGGCUGCCAUUAAACGUCAUAGAAGAAGAAGAAGAAAGAUGGCGGCAACCUUGUGUGCAAAAUUGCUACCGAAACACAAAUGGCUGCCCCUUGUGCAGAGUGUCCGGCACUACGCCAAAGCUGUGACUCGUCACAGAAAGCCGAUGCACUUUAUGAAACAGAAGCUGAUGGCUCUUACGGAGUAUGUUCCUCCUAAACCUGGAGUGCCUCCAGGAGCGUAUCCACAACCAGAAGUCCAGCAGGAAAAUCCCUUCGAGUUGCUUUUGAGGAAAAUCGUGACAAACGUGUUCCAGGAAAAUAAAAUGAUUGCUGUGGUCCAAAACAAUGCCAGCACUAAUGAAGACAUCCUGCUUCUCAAAUCCAGACUGUAUAAACAUGAUAUCACCAUCAAAUUUUUCCCCAAGAAGGUGAUGCUUGAGUUUGUGAACGACAGUAUUUUCCACAACAUGGCUCCUCUGUUCAUCGGCCACACAGCUCUGAUUGUCAGUAAAGAGCCAAAGGUGAAAGAGAUGCUGAGGAGUCUGAAGAGCAGCCCACAGAUGACACUCCUGGGAGCCUGUAUACAGAACACGCUGCUGAGUGCACAGGGCGUGGUGAAGUACUCCCAGCUGCCGUCGUUGACUGUGGUCCAGGGCGAGCUGGUCAGUGGGCUGACUAUGAUGACCUCACACACGGCCUCCAUGUUCCAGCACCAACCAGCCCACCUGUCGGCUUUGCUCCAACAGUACAUCAAACAGCAGAGCCCGAACAGCAGCGCAGAGGAGGCCACUUAAGGCUUCAGACCCUCUUAUCAAGACUGGUGCCCGUCACAUCUGAAAUAACAAAGGACAGUGGAAGGGGA